GGUAGCUAUGUCAGAACAGCUGCAACCUGGUGCCUUCCAGGUGUGCUGGAUUGAAUCUCUCAUCAGCAUGGCCCUUGGUAGAAAUGGAAGUUGGAAACAUCGGAGGGCACCAGAACAGUAAAUGUCUGUGUGUUACUAUGUGGUUCGUGCAUUGGAAUUUCCACCAUCUUUAUCAGCUGGUCUUCCAUAGCGGCUUGAAUGGCACAUAGUAGCCAGGGAUGAUGCUGAGCUGCAGGCCAUGCUGAUUUCAGCUGUGGAUUUCUGCGGAUCAUAUUGUGGCAGAGGAACGAUGUGGUACUUCAUAAUCACAGCAUGUUUGAUGCAAGGCCUCAUAACUUCAAAAGCUAUUGUAAGAACACAGAGAAAUGUGGAUCCAGAAACAGCCAUGAAUAUUAGUGAAAUUAUUUCCUUUCGAGGAUAUCCCAAUGAAGAGUAUGAGGUGCUGACAGAUGAUGGAUAUGUUCUCAGUGUGAACAGAAUCCCUCAUGGGAAAAUGACCCCAGUUAACAAAAAGGAUCCCAGGCCCGCUGUGUUUCUGCAGCAUGGCUUACUUGCUGAUGGCAGUAACUGGGUUACAAAUCUGGACUACAACAGCCUGGGGUUUAUGCUGGCCGAUGCUGGUUAUGAUGUUUGGUUAGGAAACAGCAGAGGUAACACUUGGUCCAGAAAACACAUCAACUAUACAGUGAGAGAAGACGAAUUCUGGAAGUUCAGUUUUGAUGAAAUGGCUAAAUAUGACCUUCCAGCUUCAAUAAACUUUGUCCUGAACAAAACUGGCCAGGAGCAAGUAUUUUAUGUUGGCCAUUCCCAGGGCACCACAAUAGCUUUCAUUGCAUUUUCAACAAUGCCACAACUCGCCAAGAAGAUAAAAAUGUUUUUUGGAUUGGCACCAGUCACCACAGUAAAAUUUGCAUCCAGCCCUAUGGUCAAAUUUGGAGUGUUUCCUGAACUCCUGUUCAAAGAGGUCUUUGGAGAGAAGCAAUUUUUUCCCCAGAACUCAAUUAUAAGAUGGCUUGCUACGCACUUGUGUGUCCGUGCAGUAUUGGAUGAUCUUUGUGGCAAUAUUUUCUUUCUAUUUUGUGGCUUCAAUGAAAAAAACCUGAAUAUGACUCGAGUAGAUGUAUAUACAACACACUGUCCAGCUGGAACAUCUGUCCAGAACAUACUUCACUGGAUUCAGGCUGUGAAGUCUGGGGAGCUCCGAGCCUUUGACUGGGGAAGCAAGCAAAGAAAUAUGGCGCACUAUAACCAGCCAACUCCACCUGUCUACAAGGUGAAAAAGAUGACUGUUCCAACGGCUAUCUGGACUGGCGGUCACGACUGGCUUGCAGAUAGAAAGGAUGCUGCCUUGCUGCUGACCCAGAUCUCAGACCUUAUUUACCACAAGGAAAUCCCUGAGUGGGAACAUCUAGAUUUCAUCUGGGGCCUUGAUGCCCCACAGCGCCUGUAUAGGGAGAUAAUUGCAUUGAUGCAGAAAUAUCAGUAAGAUUGUGGGUUCUGGGACCUCAGUAUUUCGUCAAGGAACCAAUAUACUUGCUUUUAGGUAUGCUAUUUCCAAAAAGUCAAAUUGGAACAGCAUUCCUAUCUUCUCAAGCAUUUACAGUAUUAUUAUUGUAUCUUAAUGUCUCAGGAAAUGGCACUUUUGCACUGCUUGUAAGCACUUAAAUCCACGCAGCUUUAAUGGAGGGGAUGAAGUGUAGUUUGACCAGUCUCCUGACACAGAAAUUUGGAAAGACUAAAAUGAGUUACCGCUAAGUUUGCACAGGUUUUUAUCUAAUAUAGCCUGGAAUUAACACUGGUUUUCUCAGAUAUGAUGUGAACGGGGGCCAGGAAGAAGCAACUGUUAAGGCCCUGCUAACAUCUAUUAUCUCGAUGCCAUAAAGCAGUGGUUGGUCAUUUUUUUAAGUGUGUUUAUUAUUGAUACACCAGUGGAAACUGGUGGGGCUGCCUCCAACCAUUCAAGAAGAUGAUAUGUCCCCAUGGCCGAGGUUCUUGCUAUGGGAGCCUGUGGAACGCGGGGUUCCUACAGGACUCCUGAGCUUUAGCACUUGCUGCCUGCUGCCUCUGCAGCAAAUUUCUAAGGCUUCGGUGCAGUAACUUCAGGGUAUACAGAAACAGCUUUGACAGCUGCAUCCUUGUGAUUUAAAUAAAAAGCAGGUAUUAUCUGGCAUAAAGAUGUUUCCUCUUGGCACUUUGGUUUUAGAGGCUCUGUAUGAUCAGGAAUUAAAAUGCAUACCUUAAAGCAGUCUUCCCCUCCCUGGUUGCCAUCCAGAGCUUUAGGAGUACAAGUCACACCCGCUCCAGCUGACAUGACUAAUGGUUGGGUCAGCCCCAGACAUCUGCAGGUCACGGUGAUGCUGGAAGAAGAAAUAUUUCUUUCAAAGAAGAGGUUCAGGCUGGCACCUGCGUUCUUCUGCCUCCAUUUACUCUUGUUAUGCAUCUUGAAGAUACGGAUGCUUUUCUAAGAUAGGGAGGCUGUGCCUCUUAAAAGCAACAUGGUAUGCAACACACAGUGAAAAGACUGGCAUAUUGAGCCUCCACUGUUUACCAAGAAAUUAAUUCUGCCCAUGUUGGUUCAUACGAACCUGGCUUCAGCUUGAAUGCUUUGUUACUGGAAUGCAAAUUCUGAGAAUGUACAAAUGCGCUGAUUUAAGACCAUAAGUGAGUGAGCCUAUGGCUAAUGGGUUGGCACACAAAUCAAAUGAAUAAAGUAAACAGCACACAUAUUUUGCCAGUAAAAUGUUUCCAGUAGAGUUCCUGGCUGUAGAGGGCUGGGGAAGACCCUUUUCUAAAAGCCUGGAGAGCAGCUGCUGGUCAUGUUGGCAUUACAGGAUCGCCUGGAAGAGCUGUCUCACUUGGAAUAAGGCAGCUUCCUAUAGCGCAGUCCAGAGCAUGUUGCAUGGAACUUCCUAUGGACAGAAUACCGUUUCAGACCCUCUGAGAGCUCUUUUCUAUAUGGUGCUAGUUCUGUGCAAACACAUGUUUAAGGAAGACUAUGAGGAAGGGUUCAAACUGAUGUCCUGUGAAUAAUUUUCUUUUAGUGUUGAACUACGUUCCAGAACUUACAGGAAGUUCCACUUUUGUUAUUCACCAGCCUGUGCAAAAUUGUUAAAAGAAAAAUGUAGCUUCAGCUGUUUUGCUUUGCAGUCUUUUUUCUUAAAUGUGUACGCCUGUUCUUCUGCACUGACUGAGCUGCAGUGUUGACUACUACCAAAGACGUUAGGUUGAUUAUAUUGUGCCUGUGUCCUGAUUUGACUUUUUUAAAACUUCAUGCUUCAGGGAAAUGUCUGAAUAAACAUUUUUAAACAACUA